AUGCCUUCCGAGCCAGGAGAUGUGCCUUGGUGCCAUGCUGGCAAUGGGGAUGUCAAGUCUGCACUCGAUGACGUUUCUUCUCCGAAUAGCAUAUAUGUCAACGGCCUGAACACAUGCUGGAUCGAACAACCUGGAUCAACAUCUGGACAAUGGUUUGGCUUUCCCUCAUAUUGCAAGUAUGCCAUCGGUGUCAAAGGUAUUUACGGGUGCACACUGGUGAUUGUCGUGUCCGAGAAGGGUGUGUACAUUUCACACAUCUGGGAGAACCCGGUGUUCAUCGAUGGAUGUUGCAUGCCAACUAAGGAUGACUGGUUCAAGAAGCAUACACUCGAUGCUCUCCGCGAUGGAACCGAAUAUACGCAAAGUGUGGCUUCUCUAAUCGGGACUGACCAGAACCCUGGUGUUCUAAAUGCAAUCUAUGCACCCAAAGUGUUCGUGCUCACACCCUUCGCCACAGAUCUCGAUAAACAGUGGCCGGGAAUCGCCACCCAGCUGAGGUAUCAACAUCGCGCGAAAGAGCUUGCUAGAAUGAUAGCAGAGAUAAUCCCUGGUUCUGGCGGGGAUGGGAUCACCGUGGGCUAUACGCGUACGGGCCUGGCCGAAUCCAGUAAGCAACCAGGCGUGGCAGGGAGGACCAUUGUUGAGGUCCAGCCGUUUCACAUGUGGCUCGUUCCGCCUGGGCAUUGCCCCUUUGCAGGUCUCCAAAUUGGCCGUUGGCGUCUCUGGGUGGAGGACAAAUUGAUCACCUACCAAGACUUCUGGUGUCCCCCGGAGAUGGUCCAUGGGUAG